CUGUCAAAAUUUGCUGACGUUUAUUUUGCACGUUGCUACAUUGCAAUCAUUUUUUCUUUAACGAAAUUCUACUGAUUGAAAUUGUGUGCCGUUUGACUCAUUGUCCUAAAUUAGCGAUAGUAUUGCGGAAUUCCGAAAAUCAAUAAAAUGGUUGAAUUAACUCCAGAAGAAAAAAAACUGUUAAUCACCCGCAAUCUGCAGGAGACGCUUGGUGAAGACAAAUUGAAUGCAAUACUCAAGGAACGUGAUCUGAAAAUUUACUGGGGCACUGCAACCACUGGCAAGCCACAUGUAGCCUAUUUUGUGCCUAUGUCGAAAAUAGCCGACUUUCUUAAAGCAGGCUGUGAGGUAACCAUACUAUUUGCCGAUUUGCACGCCUAUCUUGAUAAUAUGAAAGCACCUUGGGCACUACUCGAGUUGCGCACACAGUAUUAUGAAGCUGUUAUAAAGGCUAUGUUGAGCUCAAUUGGUGUUCCACUGGAUAAGUUGAAGUUCGUUAAGGGUACAGACUAUCAGCUAUCGAGGGAGUAUACUCUGGAUGUAUAUAAACUAAGCUCAGUAGUGACGCAGCAUGAUGCAAGAAAAGCCGGCGCUGAAGUGGUUAAACAAGUUGAGUACCCAUUGUUAUCUGGCUUGCUCUACCCCGGUCUGCAAGCUUUGGAUGAGGAGUACCUUAAGGUGGAUGCGCAGUUCGGUGGCGUUGAUCAGAGAAAAAUAUUCACAUUUUCUGAAAAAUACUUGCCUCAAUUGGGUUACGAGAAACGUAUACAUUUCAUGAAUCCCAUGGUACCUGGCUUAGCAGGCGGUAAAAUGUCUUCAUCUGAAGAAGACUCUAAAAUUGAUCUCUUGGAUUCGCCCGCAAAUGUGAAAAAGAAGUUGAAGAAAGCCUUUUGUGAGCCGGGAAAUAUUGCAGAUAACGGACUGUUGUCUUUUGUUAAGCAUGUUUUGUUCUCACUCUUCAAGGAAGGUGAAGGCUUUUCUGUCACACGUCCUGCGGAAUAUGGUGGUGAUAUUACAUUCCUUAAUUUUGCCGAUUUGGAAAAAAGCUUUGCUGACAACGACUUACAUCCUGGCGAUUUGAAAGCAUCAGUCGAAAAGUAUAUUAACAAACUUUUGGAACCGAUUAGAAAGGCUUUUGAAAGCCCCGAGUUGCAAAAGCUUAGUGCAGCUGCCUACCCACCACCUGGUAAGGGGAAAGGUGGUAAUGUAAAUAGCACAGCAGCAGCGGCAGUCGAAGAGGAUGGUCCUCACCGAUUAGAUAUUCGUGUUGGCAAAGUUGUCGAAGUCUCUCGUCAUCCAGAUGCAGAUACCUUGUAUGUAUUGAAAACCGAUUUAGGUGAAGUUCAACCACGUACCAUCAUAAGUGGUUUGGUGAAAUUUGUAACGACUGAGGAGUUGGAUCAAAGACUAGUGGCCGUACUAUGCAAUCUUAAACCAUCUAAAAUGCGUGGUAUACUAUCUGAGGGCAUGGUGCUCUGCACCUCGAACUCUGAUCACACAGUUGUUGAACCAAUUAUUGUACCAGCUAACGCUGCUCCAGGUAGUCGUUUGGCUUUUGAAGGUUUUAGUGGUACACCUGAUGAACAAUUGAACCCCAAAAAGAAGGUAUGGGAAAAGCUUUCCGUGGAUCUGAAAACAAAUGCUGAUGGUACUGCUGUGUGGAAGGAUAACUUCUUACUUACUCCCGAAGGCGAGAAGCUAACCAGCAAAUUGGCGAAUUGUCAAAUUAAGUAAACUGAACAAUUAGUAUAGAAUUAAAAAAGCUUUUACGUGUUGUAGGUAAAAAGUUUGUAAAUCUUUGUUACUUGGCGCGGUUGAAUAUUUAUUUGCAAUUUUACUUUUUAUAUAUGGCAUAGUAAAUAAAUUCUUUUCGCACCAAUA